AAUUAAUUUAUAUUUUAGCCGAAAAGUUUAAAAUCAUAUAUCAAUUUUUAUCAUGACUGCUGCCGAAAUCAUCUUUUCGGAACUGGAUAGACCCGAAUAUAAGUCGGGUAAAAGUGAUUUGUUUGUUCCGUGGGGGCAUAGAAAAAGGGAGCCGACAAUUAAACCGACUGCACUGAAAUGGAGAAGUCUUUCAUCCCAAUUGAUUGUACAGAAGAGUUAUUCGUCAUUGUUGGGGGGAGCAAAACAGAACAGCAAUGGCGACGAUGAUGCGUCAGCUUCGAGUGGCGCCUCGGACGAAGAAGGAAGGAUUCGAUUGGAGUCGGCCUCCGAUUUGAGUCGGAGGGGAUCGGCGGCACUGGCGUGUAAAAACCUCAGCGCCAGCAUGGACCACAUUAACAUACGCAACUUCAAACAGAGCAGAAGGUCUGCGCCAUUUGCAAUCAAAAGAAGAUCCAUCGUCAAUCAGCUCGGAGGAGGUUUUUUAGUAGCAUCGAACCAUCUCGAAGUUAUUCAACAGUCACCGGAGAGAUCCAGUGGUUCCGGGGAUGAAGGCUCCUCCUGCGACCGGAGUCCAGUAAUCGGAUUGCGUAGCGGUGGCACGCUCGAGAAUAGCAACACAGUUCUAAACGCGUCGCUAGGUUCACUCGAGGAACACCAUGACAGGUCACUGAAUGCAGAACGACAUGAGAGCGACGAAAAUAUCGGCUACACGGACAUCGGCUACGAUAGCUUCCACAAUGCAACUGUCCAUCAUUUUCCAGAUAGCUUCGACAUUGAAGAUCAGCCUGACGAAGGCCAUGUAACCGAAUAUAGAGGAGUGUCACGCUUAGCCGAACAAAACAAGGAGUCAGAUGUAGCUAAUGGGUCGCCUACUGUGUCGGUUUUCAGUCGCCAGGAUGUAUUAAGACGAAGUUUCCCGCUGUGCAACAAGAAACGAUUCGUUUUGGGUGACAUGAAAACUCAUCUCAAACUGCAGCGGAAUGCAUCGUCGAAAAACUCAAAAAACGCACAAACCGAUCAAAAAAGUUGCAAAAGUGAACGAAAACGAUCGAGAAUGAACAAAAGUCACUUCCUGGCAACACAACGCGGAAACACUUGCAUUGCCAUUUGGGACCACGUGACGUGCGAACAAGACGAGCUGCAGUUCCGCUGUGGUGACGUCAUCGAAAUUUUGGACCAGUCAAAUCGCAACUGGUGGCUGGGCAAAAUGUUCACCCGUGACGACCUCGGAGAUCAAACCAGAAAUGAGACCAAAAAUGCGGGGCAAUCAGAGCACGGGUGGUUUCCCAGCAUUUUUGUACAAGACCUGAACGAGACUUGUCGUAGUGUUCAGCAGGAUGAGAACAUGAACACGAUUAGGAAGUACCACAGGAGAGCUUUGUGUGUGAGGGAACUUCUAUCUAGCGAGAGAAGCUAUGUCAACAGUCUCAAAAACGUCUUAGAGAUCUACCAAGACUCAUUCAAACACAGCAAGUCUAUUAAAAUAGACGAAGUGAACCGGAUCUUCUGCAACAUGGAAGAGAUCUUCGAGUUCCACAAACGACUCCUCGUCAACCUCGAGAAGUGUGCGGUGGAUCCGAGCAGACGAGAGACGAGACUGCACGAGUGGUGUGUGUCUGAAGUAUUCAUUGGGUCGAUCGCCGAGUUCGUCGAAAUAUACUCCACCUAUUGCAAUCAGUAUCAGUCGGCUAUUUCGACACUGAAGCAGGUUCAACGAAAAAAGUCAGUCGACUGCUUAAUUGAGAAUUGCAGACGGAGACAUGGGGAGACUUUAUCUUUGCAGCACUUUCUGCUGACUCCAAUCCAGAAGAUCUGCAGGUACCAGAUGCAACUCACAGAACUCGUCAACAACACCCAGGAGGACCACCCUGACUACUCUGAGCUGAAGUUAGCAACUGAGGAAAUGAGGCGAGCUGCUUUUGAAAUCAACGAGAGGAGAAGAGCAUACGAAGCAGCUGCCAUUAGUGCAACUAGCAGUCGGUCAAGGUCAGCUGGCGUGAAGAAAACGUCCACUUCUUUUCUCUUUCCAAGCCAGCAGUCGGCUAAGCUCACAAAAACUGCUACUGUAGCAACCACAGAUGUUUUAGAAGAAAAAGAUAGUCUCUCAUCCCCUCCGCCCACGAACUCUGCCAAGCAGAACACAAACAACAGCAGUAAAGAGAAGUCAGCGGGGGGAGGGCCUGCAGGGGCGGGGGUGAGUGUGUUGAAAAGAAUCCCCUCCAAGAGGUGCUCCAAAAGACUACUCCGCCUAUUCAGCCACCCAUCUGCCUGACACUAACACCCCGUCAACCCUCCCCCUCCACACCUUCACUAAAAUCUCCCCCUCCUCGGCCUGACAGAAGCCAAUAAAACCCGAGCCUGAUCCGUAAUCAAAACUCGGAAUUGAGAAAAACUUAUAAUUGAUGUAACGGUACCAGCUACAAACUCUUCCGUUAGUAAUCUCUCUUCUCAUUGUGAAUUAGAAUAAUUUGAAAUUUAAAUUUAUAAUUCAACAAAACAAAACUGCUCAAUUCUUAAUUGUUACUUAAUGUUUUAUGUGUCUUAGAUGUU